UUGGUUAUCUGUGUUUCCAGGGGAGCGUUUUCCGUGGUGCGCCGCUGUGUGAAGGUUCUGUCGGGACAGGAGUAUGCCGCCAAGAUCAUCAACACCAAGAAGCUCACCUCCAGAGAUCAUCAGAAGCUGGACCGCGAAGCUCGGAUCUGUCGGUUACUGAAGCACCCGAACAUCGUGCGGCUACAUGACAGCAUCUCAGAGGAGCUUCAUCAUUACCUCAUCUUCGACCUGAUAACAGGUGGAGAGUUAUUCGAAGAUAUUGUAGCCCGAGAGUAUUACAGUGAAGCUGACGCCAGUCACUGUAUCCAGCAGAUUCUGGAGGCCGUACUUCACUGUCACCAGAUGGGCGUCGUCCACCGAGACCUGAAGCCAGAGAACCUGCUGUUAGCAUCGAAGUCUAAAGGAGCCGCGGUGAAACUCGCCGACUUCGGCCUUGCCAUCGAGGUCGAAGGAGAACAGCAGGCGUGGUUUGGUGAGUACACACACAUACUAAUACUACUGUAAUACUACACUAAUACUGCAGUAUUACUGCUGUAAUACUGUAGUAUUAAUGCUGUAAUACUACACUAAUACUACACUAGUACUGAAGUAAUACUGCAGUAAUACUGCUCUAUAUUUAGGGCCCGAGCACGGAGCGCUAGGACCCGACGGCGUCCUAGCACGAAGUGCGAGGAACCUAUUGUUAUUGGUGGUAUUAUUAUUAUAGUGCUGGCGUUUCCUCUUUUUGAGGUCUUUAGGAUGAUUCAAAAGUUGUAUAAUUUUGCACAGACGCCAGGACCGGUGAAAAAUUCAAUAUUCUGGAGUCAAUGGGUUAAAUAUUCCAACCUGCUCACUAGCGCCACCUAUCAAAAUUCCAUUUCGGAUUAAAUUUACAAAGUCGCACCGUAACUCCGAAUGACCUGAAAUUUCGCACACAUAUCCCGGUAAACCUGUUCUACAAAUAAUCCUCUUGGAACCCUAAGCUCCGCCUACAUUCUUUUUAAUUUAAUUUAAAUUAACAUAAUGUUCAAAAUAGUUAAAUAUUCACUUAAAUUUCAAUUUUCAGUUUUUCAUCACCAAACCUCGUAUACAGCAUCGGUGGAGGGUCAGACACAUUACCCUAGGAGAUGAGCAUGUUAGGACGAUAAGUAUUGACAACGUCAAUCAAAACGUACUCGCAAAAAGGUGGGGGUUAGAAAGAAAUGCUCAUAACUCAUCAACAAUGUAUCCAAACAUCAAAGAUUUAGGUAAAUAGGUUCAGUCUGUCUUGGGAAAUAGGCACACCAAAGCAUUUUCAUUUUGGACAAUAGGGGGCGCCAAAAACACCACCAAUUUAUAACUCAAGAGCGGAUGGACUAAUUUUUUUUUUACAAAUACUCUCGGGUGACUACGAACUCAGAUUUAAAGUGUCGCAACAAAUUCAGAAUGU